AUGACAGCGACCACGACACAUAAUUCCACCACCGAUGGGGGAAUGAUCAAUGAGACAUCCGCCACUCCUGCAAACCACACGACCAGCAGUUUUACAACUUCACCACCAACCACCACAGAGCACAUCACAGCCUCAGUAGCUACUGCAACUAUAGAAAAUGCCAUAACAGAAACAACUAUGAAAGUCAACAGCAUUGUUACUGAGAACAGUUACUUCACAACCGGCAGCCCAACUGACUCUCCAUCAGCUCCAACCAGUGGUACAAAACUGUCCACUGCAAGCUCAGAGACAAGCCAACCCAACAACACUAGUGAGACUACAAAUACGACAAACACGAUCACAAACAACAACACUACAAUCACACCGAUCACACACGCCAGCAACGACUUUACAAUCACACCGAUCACACACGCCAGCAAUGCCACAACUACAAUCACACCGAUCACACACACCAGCAACGACACUACAAUCACACCGAUCACACACACCAGCAACGACACUACAAUCACACCGAUCACACACACCAGCAACGACUUUACAAUCACACCAAUCACACACACUAGCAACGACACUACAAUCACACCGAUCACACACACCAGCAACGACUUUACAAUCACACCGAUCACACACACCAGCAACGACACUACAAUCACACCGAUCACACACACCAGCAACGACACUACAAUCACACCGAUCACACACACCAGCAACGACUUUACAAUCACACCAAUCACACACACUAGCAAUGACACUACAAUCACACCGAUCACACACACCAGCAAUGACACUACAAUCACACCGAUCACACACGCCAGCAAUGCCACAACUACAAUCACACCGAUCACACACACCAGCAACGACCCUACAAUCACACCGAUCACACACACCAGCAACGACUUUACAAUCACACCAAUCACACACACUAGCAAUGACACUACAAUCACACCGAUCACACACACCAGCAACGACUUUACAAUCACACCGAUCACACACACCAGCAACGACACUACAAUCACACUGAUCACACACACCAGCAAUGACACUACAAUCACACCGAUCACACACACCAGCAAUGCCACAACUACAAUCACACCGAUCACACACACCAGCAACGACACUACAAUCACACCGAUCACACACACCAGCAACGACACUACAAUCACACCGAUCACACACACCAGCAACGACACUACAAUCACACCGAUCACACACACCAGCAACGACUUUACAAUCACACCGAUCACACACACCAGCAAUGACACUACAAUCACACCGAUCACACACGCCAGCAACGCCACAACUACAAUCACACCAAUCACACACACCAGCAACAACUUUACAAUCACACCGACCACACAAACCAGCAAUGGCACAGCAAACUCCCACAUCCACCACCACACCCUUGUCCUCGACUGUCACCACAAACACAACACUCACAGCUGGACCCCAUCCUCUUCACCUACCUCCAUCUCCACUUCCAGCUCUCUCCCAGCAACUUCCACUUCCACUUCCUCAGGCAGUAGCACCACACCCCCCACUGGAAAUACCACCACCCUUAGUCCCUCAACAACAACCUCAGGAGUUUUUAAUGUUAUAGUGACCGGCCACACUGCAGAAACCACGACUUUGACUCAUUCCACUACACCAGCUAGUGGCAAUGCAACAGCCUCAACCACCACCACCACCAUCAGCACUGGUACCACCAUUGUCACCACCCUUCGACCAACAAACGUCACCACCAACAGCUCCACCACAGCAGCCCCGCCCACCCCUACCCAAGUGUGUCCUUCUGUCCCGUGUCCACUUGAAAGCAUCUGUCUUAAUGGUACUUGCCAGUGUCUCUCUGGUAACUUCCUGCUGAAUGGCCGCUGUGCACCCGCCCAAGUGUUCCCAGGCCAGCUUCAUCUCACCUCCUUAACAUUUGAAAAUGAAAUGAGCAACAGAUCCUCGACAAUAUUCCAGAUGACGGCGGCUAAGAUCUCAGCAGCGCUCAGAGAUGCUCUCAAAAAUCAGCCAGGGUAUAUACAGUCUGAUGUUGUGCAACUUGAGCCAGGAAGUGUGCAAGCAACUGUAAAUAACAUCUUUCAAAACACCACCGCCACUCAAGAGUCUGUUGAUCAGUCCAUUAAAAAGGCUAUAGCCAACUCAAAUGGAUUGCUGACUAAUGGUACAUUUACAGGUACAAACCUGUGUGAGCAGGAGCCUUUACCUUGUGAUGUCUCCACUACAACGUGCAGAAAUACAAAAGGCCGGGCUGUUUGUUCCUGUAAAGAGGGUUACAUCUCCAUCAUGUACUCAAACACCAGCUGCAGAGCGUGUCCAAGUGGGCAGAAGGCAGUGGGAGACAUGUGCCAACAAUGUGCAUUUGGAUAUGCUGGCUUCAACUGCAAUGACUCGGCUCUGCUGGCAGUGGUGGUCAUCUCCUGUGUACUGGGAGGAGUCCUUCUCAUCCUUGUCCUGGCUUUGCUCAUAUACUGCUGCUGGAGGGGAUGCUCAAAGAGCAAGCCAGACUACAGUAGCAGUCCAUACUCAUCAGGUGACAUAAACCAGCCCUGGCCCCCUGGCAUCACCCCCAUCCCCCGUGCCACCACCAACUGGGAUGCAGCUCCUCCCAUGGAGAUGACAGAAGGGGGCAGCACUCGUGGCCUGGUGGACAAAAAGCAUCAAACCAAUGGAUUGGGGUUUCACCUGAAGCCAAAAGGAUGGAAAAAGUCGGGAUCAUACGAUCUCAACCCAGAUGGAAUGAAGACCUUCAAAGGUAAAAACCCAUCCCGGUACUCCUAUCUGGUUCAAGGCCACGAGAACCCCUACUUCUUACCAGGAGACGGGAAGAAAAACUGAAAAACAUCAGGCCAGCUGUGGAUGAAAUCCAUGUAGAAAUGAGGAACAAAAAGAAGUCACUGCUUUGAAACUCGAUGUCUACAGGCACAUUUCCUGAGCAGGACCAGAUUAUUUAAAUAUUUUCAAACUUGCCUGGAUUACUGACAAAUCACAACGGACAUUUCUUACCUGGGAAACAGCCACCAAAGAGAUUCAUUCAUACGAGCAAGAACAUUUGAACAAUUUCUUAGUGAGGUUGUGUGCACCCUGUCUGUGCCGAUUAUAACCAGUAGAUGUCGCUGUUGCUCAAUAUAUAUCCACUACUGUUUUAUAAAAGGUAGAUUUGACUUUUUUAUGCUUUAAACAAAUCAUUCUGUAGUCUAAAAUUAUGCUUCUUACAUUGCUAAUUGCACUAAAGUGUGUUCAGUUUACCAUCAGUUUACCUCUAAAAUCAAAGGUAAAUUGAAUGUUGGUGUUUUGGGGCUAUUAGAUAUUUUCUUAUGGGUGUGAUUAUUUUUUAGAAAAAUAAAUCUUGUAUGACUAAAAGGGCUGGAUCCCUGGUUUGGGGUAUUUUUAAAGGGAUUUAUAUUGAAGCUGAGUACUCUAUUUGUUGAAGCUGCACUUGCUAAAUGUGCCUGUUUAAAUGGUCUGUUUGACAAAUAGGAAACAUGCAAAGCUGAUGAUAAAGCCUGUCUCCUGGAUGUGCCAAUUAUCACUUGUAUACAGUUUUGAAAACUCUUAUAUAUAUUUAUCCAUGUGUGUCUGAGACAGUGCACUAUUUUAUAAGUGUGUAAAGGUUUUGUAAAUAAUUGAAGAUCUUUUGCCAGAGAAUGUGUGUGUGGAUGCACUGGAAAUAAAUUAAUUUAAACACAA